CCUUUCCCUCAUGUCCCGACUCAUAGUCAAAAAUCUACCAUCCUACGUUACUCCCGACCAACUCAAAAAGCACUUCACCCAAAAGGGCAGUCCAGGAGGUACACUCACCGACAUCAAAGUCGCCCACAAACAAGAUGGGAGUUCCCGUAGAUUUGGGUUUGUCGGUUACAAAACCGAACAGGAAGCACAAGCUGCGAGGGAGUGGUUUGAUAAGACCUUUGUAGGGUCUACUAGGAUACGUGUUGAUGUUGUCGAGGGUGCGAAGGAUGCUCCCAAACCUCGACCUAAUAAGCGUCCGGCUACUGCAGCAAUUUCCGCAGAUGCCAGUGGUGUAGAGUUUAAGAAGGCUCGUUUUGAGGAGUCUCCUCCGAAGUCGAAGAAACAAAUUCAGAUGGAAGAGUUUAUGGAGGUCAUGCAACCCAAGAAAGGCCCUGCUUGGGCUAAUGACGCUCAAUCCCAACCGGAGGCGUCGACGAGUGCGAAGAAGAUAGACGAUGAGGUACUGGUGGAUGAGGAGGGUGUUUCCGACACGGAUUGGCUGAAGAGGCGGAUGUCGAAGAAUGUUGAUGGCGUUGAGAAAGUGUUUGAACAGUCGGAUGACGAGGAUGUGGAUGACGAUGUGGAGACUAUAUUGGCCCCACCUCCAACAGACCCAACGAAAGAAACGAUUCUACAGACUGGGCGCCUUUUCGUAAGGAAUCUGGCGUUUUCUUGUACAAAAGAGGACCUCGAAGAGUUGUUUAGUCCUUUUGGUACUGUAUCACAGGUCCACAUACCACUCGCAUUCGAUACCUCCGGAGGUACCGGCCAUUCAAAAGGGACUGCGUACGUCACGUUCGCUCGUGCUGAAGAUGCAGUAACAGCGUAUGAAACGCUGGAUAGGAGGUCUUUCCAGGGGAGGUUGUUGCAUAUCCUUGGUGCAGUGGAUAGAAGGGGGAACCCUGCUGUUGAGAUGGAAGGGGGGAAGAAACGGAGUGUGAAGGGUGAGAAAGACGCGAAGAGGAAGUUGGUUGCAGGGAAAGAGUUUAAUUGGAGUAUGCUUUAUAUGAAUAGCGAUGCUGUAGCGUCAUCUAUUGCGGAUAGAAUGGGAAUUCCUAAAUCUUCUAUCCUUAGUGAAUCGACUGAAGAGACGGGGACAGGGACUGCCAACCCCGCUGUCAAACUGGCACUCGCCGAAACGCACGUUAUCAACGAAACCAAAGCCUAUUUCGAAUCCCACGGGGUCGUUCUCUCCUCCUUUUCAUCAGAUACCCGUAACCGUACACGAACACGUUCGGAUACGACGAUUCUCGUGAAGAAUAUACCCUAUGGGACGGGAGAAAGCCAGAUUAGAGAGUUGUUUGAGCCGUAUGGGAGUGUGAGGAGGGUGUUGGUACCUCCGGCGGGGACGAUUGCGGUCGUUGAUUUUGAGAGGGGGGAUGAGGCUGGGAAGGCCUUUAAGGGGGUUGCGUAUAGGCGAAUAGGAAGUUCGGUGGUUUAUUUGGAGAGAGCGCCGUUGGGUGUUUUUUCUUCUGAUAGUGACGCGAAUGCGGACAGCUUGGGUGCGGUUGAUAAGGCUGUUGCGUAUGCGCGGGCUGUUAAGAUUCCGGAGCAGGAGCAGGAGCAGGAGGAGGGAGGAGGGACGGAUGGGCCGCCAUCGUUAGCGGCGGGUACGACAUUGUUCGUAAAGAAUCUUGCGUUCUCGACGACGACGGAGAAACUGGCGCAAGUGUUCUGUAAUCUCCCCUCCUUUGCGUUUGCUCGGGUACAGAUGAAGCCUGAUCCGAAUCCCAAGAGGCAGUCUGGGGGGGCCAAGUUGAGUAUGGGUUAUGGAUUUGUGGGGUUUAAGGAUGUGGAGGGUGCGACGAAAGCGAUGGGGAGUAUGCAGGGGUUUGUUUUGGAUGGACAUGCGUUGCAUGUUAGGUUUGCUGGGAGGGGGCAGGAGGUGACGGCUGGGGAUGCUGGGGGUGGUGGUGGGUCUAAGAGCAGAACGACGAAGAUGGUUGUGAAGAAUGUACCGUUUGAGGCGACGAAGAAGGAUAUUAGGGAUUUGUUUGGGUCUCAUGGCCACGUCAAAUCUGUCCGAUUACCAAAGAAAUUUGACUCUCGAACGCGUGGUUUCGCGUUCCUCGAAUUCGUGUCGAGACACGAGGCAGAGAAUGCGUAUGCGACUUUGAAGCAUACUCAUUUGCUUGGGAGACAUUUAGUGUUGGAGUGGGCUGAGGAGGGAGAGCAGGAUGUGGAGUUGCUUAGGAAGAAGAUGGGUGUAGGGGUUGGGAGAGGGGGUGAUAUGCCUGGGAAGAAGCGGAAGUUGGAUAUGGAUGUUGGUGGGGGAGGGGGUGAUGGGGAUGGGGAUGAUGAUUGA